CCCGAGCCAAAAUGACAGCUCUCUCCUCUUGUCUCUGUGGGAAGUCGACACAGCUGGUUGAUUUCUGGACACUUCAAAAUGGAAAGGAAUACAACAUUAUUCAGAUAUUUGCAUGGAAUGUAAUGACUAUAUAUAUAGUUUCUGAAAUAUUAAUGUUUUUGUUGUAGUAUCCGGUUAAUGUCUUCACGUAAUUUGAGUUGACAGUGUCUGUUUAUAGGUAGCUUGUUUGGUUUUUGUCUAUAAGCUAUCAGCAAGCUAACUGUUAGCUACACGUUAGCGUUUACGAGAAGGCCAGACUUGUCUUUAUUUUCUGUCAUAAUUCACAUGAACUAGUUAGCUACCCCUUUUACACAGGGAAUAAAUUAGCUAUACAUACCGUCGUGUUUGCUCUGUUUUUUUGUUGUUUAUUUUCAAACUCUUGAUUCUCUUAAGAGAUCGCAUUUAUUUUUUUUGGGACAGUAAGGACGCAAGUCACGUUUUUGUUUUGUUUUACUGUUUACUACUCUUAGUUUCCUACCUUUUGGCUCUCGGACACUUUGUUGAUCUUUAUUUUAUAUAUUUUGAAAUAUCUGGUCAAAUUGCUUUUUCCCCCCACCAUGUUUCUGAUAGGCGGUGUGUUGCUUUGGGCCAGUUUCUACGGUACAAAACUCUGAAAAAACAAACCAACAAAACAAGUGAUUUCAGUCCAUUAGACAACUCACAAUCAGCAUGUUUUUUUGUUGUUCUUCCCCUUCCGACGCGUUAGAUAUUAACAUUUAGUUCCAUUUAAAAACUCAGCGACUUUCAUUGAACACUUGCUCUGUCAUUUUUGGGACAGCUUGUUGUAAUUGAGUUCCCUCUACAUGUGAUCAGUUUAGUGUCUGGGUCCCUUUUCGUUUCCACCAUGUCUUGUGUACAUUAUAAAUUCUCAUCUAAACUCAACUACGACACGGUCACUUUCGAUGGCCUGAACAUCACUCUGGCCGACCUGAAAAGACAGAUUAUGGGUCGAGAGAGACUCAAAGCUGUCGACUGCGGCCUACAAAUCACCAACGCACAAACUAAAGAAGAAUACAAAGACGACGAGGCCCUGAUAUCCAAGAACUCCUCUGUCAUCAUCAGAAGAAUACCCAUCGGAGGAGUCAAGGCUUCAAGCAAGAUGUAUAACAUUGAGCGUUUUUCAGAACCGAAUCACUUCCCCGUUCAGAACCUCCCGGUCGGAUCCUCCAGAGGAGAUCGUUCUUCAGAACACAGUCACUUUUCCAUCGGAUCCUCUAAAGGGAUUGAUGAUCAUGCUUCAUCUAUAUCACUGGCCCAACUUUCAAAGACGGCGAACCUGGCAGAGGCCAACGCAUCGGAGGACGACAAGAUCAGAGCCAUGAUGUCACAGUCCAAUCACGACUACGACCCCAUACAUUAUGUGAAGAAGUUGACGGGUCCCCCUCCAGCCAACUACACCUGUUAUCGCUGUGGCAAGAACGGACAUCACAUCAGGAACUGUCCUACUAACGGGAAGGAUAAAGGGUUUGAGCCGCCCCAGAGGAUCAAGAAGAGUACCGGCAUCCCCCGUUCCUUCAUGAAGGAAGUGGACGACCCGUCUAUAAAGGGAGCCAUGUUGACCAACACCGGCCACUACGCCAUCCCUACGAUAGACGCUGAGGCCUACGCUUUAGGUAAGAAGGAGAGGCCUCCGUUCGUCCCCAGGGACCAGUCCAGUUCCGAGGAGGACGAGGAUCCAGUCCCUGAUGAGCUCCUCUGUCUCCUCUGCAAAGACCUGAUGACUGACGCUGUGGUCAUUCCCUGCUGUGGCAACUCCUACUGCGACGACUGUAUCCGUACGUCUCUGCUGGAGUCAGAGGAACAUGUGUGUCCCACCUGCAGCCAAUCGAAUGUCUCCCCUGACGCGCUCAUAGCCAAUAAGUUCCUGCGCCAGGCGGUAAAUAACUUUAAGAAUGAGACCGGUUACACCAAACGCAUGAUGACGAGAGUAGCCCAGCCCCCCGUCGUCCCCACCCCUCCUCUUCAGCCUCAGUCCCGCCCUCAGUGCCCGCUCCAGCCUAUCAGGAGCCAGCAGGACCCACUUAUGCCCCGCCCUCCAGCCUUAGACACGCCACCAUUGGCUCAGCAGCAGGUUGGCCCGCCCCUCAGAGUCGGGAACCAUAAUAACUCCUCCCACAUGGCUGCUGGCUCCUCCUAUAACUCAACGGGCCCCUCCCCCCAGCACCCAACCAAUCACAACAACACGCUUAUGCUAAAAGAGCCAGAGAGUGGAGGAGUUCAGUCUGUGGUGGUCUCAGCCGACCCCCCUCUAGCCACUGCCCCCAUGACCAAGGAAUACCAUCCAGUGAUGAGCCAACCCCAGUCUGAAGGACACUCCCUGCAGAGGACAGGUCCUCCUCCCAGACUUUCUGAAGGACCAGCCCAUUGGGACAGGUACAGCCCCUCCGGUCGUGGCAGGAACCAUAGCGACCGCGCCCCUCCCUCCCAGCCUCCGCCCACCAACGUGCCACCCCUUCUCUACAACCCCCUCCAUUUUCUCCUCCCCUCUACCCCAUCCCCCAGGUGUCAUACUCCCCCACUACCCCCUCCCCACUUCCCCCGGGCAACAGCCCCCUCCAGCUACUCCCUGCCCCCUCCUGGCUACCCCCUACCCCAGGAGUCACCAACCCCCCUGGGCGCCCCCAACACCCAGCCCCCCCUCGCCGGGAAGCCAAUCCCCUCCUCUUCCUUCCUGUCCAAGGAUGAGUUCUACAGACAACAGAAGAGGCUGAAGGAUAACUCCGACUGUCGCUACGGUAACCGGGAAGAGUCCAAGCUGGAUGAGUUCACCAACGACUUUGCCAAGGAGCUGCUGGAGUACAGAAAGAUCCAGAAGGAGAGACGACGCUCUUAUUCCAGGUCUAGGUCGUCCUACAGUAGCUCAUCCUACUCCAAAUCCCGUUCCCGUUCUCGUUCGUACUCCCGUUCCUCCAGUCGUUCCAGAUCCCGUUCCAGAUCCAGAUCCCGUUCCAGGUCUUACUCCCGCUCUUCUCCGUACUCCCGCCGCCACGGACGACCUCGCGGCUACCGCUCCCGUUCCCGUGGCUACCGCCGAUCACGCUCGCCGCCGCCUUUCAGGGACGGUGGAGGGGCGGGACGGGGGAGAGGACGGGGACGAGGUUACCGGUCGCGCUCUAGAUCACCUGGCCAUGGGGGGUACCGGACCCACACUCCUCCACCCCCAAGCUCCCGGAAGCCUGCCGCUGCUGGAGCGCCACCGGAGGGUGAGAGGAAGUACCCGGGCCGGACCCGGGAGAGGGAUCGGGAGCCGGCGGUGUUCGACCGAGGUCCAGAGCACAAAGACCCGUACGAGAGGGAGAGGUACCGGGAGUGGGAGAAGGAGUACAGGGAAUGGUAUGAGAAAUACUACAAAAACUACAACUCCCACAACCCUCCUCCCAAUAACCCCCCUCCCUACAGGGGCCGACCCCCCCUUGGUUUCGCCCCCGCCCCUGUGGCACCCCCAGCCGGACGAGACAGAGACCCCUACAACCCUCCUCCACCCUCGGACUUCUACCCCUCCCCCCGACCCCGCCCGGACCGUGGAUCCUCCCCCUUCAGUCGAGGGAGGAGGCGAGGUGAGGGCUAUCCUCCUCCUCCCUCACACCCCUCCCCCAGGGGCAGGAACCAGCCAAUGACUUAUCAGGAGAAGUGUGCUGAGCAGUUUGGAACUCUGCCGCUGUCCCGGUCAGCCAAUCAGGAUCAUCAGACGCCACUGAAGGUCGCAAAGGGUGAGAGAGAUCCGUCGUCGAGCGCCGCCUCUCCCGCGGUCACUGUGACCUCCGACCUGAAAGAGCAGAAGCACAGGAAGAGGAAGAAGAGGAGGACUGAGCAGGGGAGAGGGGGAGGGGAGUCCUUCAGUGCUUCUGACUCUACGGACGACGCUCGGAAAGAGGAGAAGAAGAAGAAGAGAACCGGGAGUACUCCCGUUGGUUCGUCAAGCCAUGACGACUCCACCCCAGUACGGGACGAGCCAAUAGACAGCGACGCCUCAGACUCAGUCCCGGACAAAGCUGAUAGGUGGACCAGGGACAGUAAGGAGGAGGAAGUGAGGAGAAACAGUGACAGGGUCUAUAAACGUGGACCGGACUCCAGCGUAGCGAGGAAAGACUCAUCGUCCAAGAGCUGGAAGACCGUUAGAGAGACAGACCUGGACCAGACCGGUACAGACCGGGACAAGACCGGUACAGACCGGGACCAGACCGGUACAGCCGGUUUAGCCUACCGGAAGACGUCUCUAACAGAACCGUCAGCCAAACGGGUCAAAGAUGAAUCUAUUCCUCUCCAACCAGACUCUUGCACCUCCCCCCAGAGAGAGAUGGAACUGCAACACCCUGCGCCCCUAGCAUCAGCUCCCAAACGACCUCCUCCUAAACCCCACGCAGACCAGCUUGACACAGUUAGAAUCAACCCAGACCUAUUCAAACCGGUUAGAACCGACCCAAACCAGUUUAAACCUGUCAGAACCGACCCAGACCAGUUUAAACCUGUCAGAACCGACCCAAACCAGUUUAAACCUGUCAGAACCGACCCAGACCAGUUUAAACCUGUCAGAACCGACCCAAACCAGUUUAAUCCGGUUAGAACCGGCCCGGAUCAGUUUAGAACAGACCUGGACCAUUCCAGACCAGCCAAGGAGGAGCAGAGAGGGAAGAGAGAUCCAGGGUUUCGGCAGGACAGGGGCUCAGGGAGAGAGGACAAGCCCAGGAGAGAGGCUGACAUCAGGAUGGGUAGAGAACAGGAGAGAGACCCUGACAAAGCUCCAGACACCAAGUCUGAGAAGAGGAGGAUGAGGAAGGAGGAGGAGGAGAAGAAGAGGAAGACGAGAAAGGAGGAGAGGACUAUGUCUGAUAAGGAGAUGGAGGUGCCCCGAAUCAAAUCUCCCGGAGUGGAGCUCACCGAGACUGUAAAACUCUGCAACCUCAAACGUGACGUAGAGGAGGAGAGGGCUUCCGUACGGCCUCUGAUGGAGAGUGGGAUGAAAGCUCCAGACACCAAGUCUGAGAAGAGGAGGAGGAGGGAGGAGGAAGAGGAGGAGGAGAAGGCUUCCGUAAGGCCUCUGAUGGAGAGUGGGAUGAAAGGAGGAGAACCUCAGAGGAAGAUUAAGACCAACAGAGAAGAAGGGAGGAGGGCCGGCAAGCUUGCGGGCGUGGCCGGAACAGAGGCAGCCAAUCAGAGCAGCUAUAUAAAGGGAAGCGUGGAGAGGAGCAAAGCCAAGAGGAACCGUAAGGUCCUAGCGUCCGACGGACCGGGAACCACCGUGGACUACACCAGUCCUCCAGGGGGCAGUAGUCCUGUGUGUGGCGAUGGAUCAGAGGGCAGAGCAGAGCAGAGGAAGACUGUCGUUAAAACACUGGAGGAGUACACCAAUGACAGCUCAGCACCUGCUGACGGUCACAUAGUCCUCAUACAGGUCCCUCGCUCCAAGUGGGAGAAGGAGGACUAUGAAUCAGAGGAAGAGGAAGGAGGAGGGGUCAGGCGGCCUGAGCGAGAGAGAGAGAGAGAGAGGACUGGGGAGAGAGGGAUCGACCACAUCAGUGAGAAGAGCUCCUCUCAGCGGCCUGAGCGAGAGAGGAGAGAGAGGACUGGGGAGAGAGGGAUCGACCACAUCAGUGAGAAGAGCUCCUCUCAGCAGCCGGAGCGAGAGAGGAGAGAGAGGACUGGGGAGAGAGGGAUCGACCACAUCAGUGAGAAGAGCUCCUCUCAGCGGCCGGAGAGGAGAGAGAGAGAAGGAGAGAGGACUGGGGACAGAGGGAUCGACCACAGCAGCGAAAAGAGCUCCUCUUCCUCCUCACACUCUUACUCACGAGAUCGUAAACCUUUUUCUUCUUCCAGGGACCACAAAGCGACCUCUGACCCCAGAGCCAGGGAGCACAGAGACCACAAACAUAAAGACCACAACGACCAGAACUCCUCCACCAACUCUGACCGUAGACCACUAGACGACCAGGAGACCAGAGAACACAGAGACCGCCUCGACCCCAAACACAAAGACCACCGAGAGCUAGGCAGUGCCUCUCCCGUCUCCAAGAGAGCCCCACACCCAUCGGACCCCUCGUCCUCCAGCACCCAGAGAUCUCAGGGAAGCUCUGAGCCCACCGGACCUAGCGAAAGCAGCCCUGGCAGGGACACGGCGCAGGACAGAUACCCCUCUCCUCAGGUCUCCAUCUCCGUGGAGAACCAGUCCGGGAGAGGGAAGGCUGAGGGAGAAGAGCCCAGAGUAGAGCGCUCCUCAGCGGGGAGACAGAGCCAGCAGGCCAGCCUAGGAAACCUAGAGAAGGAGAUGAGUGGUGGAAAGCCCCACCAACACCCAGCCUCACUCAUACAGCCCCCCCAACACCCAGCCUCACUCAUACAGCCCCCCAGGACUGACAACAGGGCUGGGGUGCCCCGAGCUGUCAGAGAGAGAGAGAGAAAGAAAGAGAGAGAGUGGCAGAUGCAACAGAUGAGGGAGAAGAUGGAGAAGGAGAGAGAGAGAGGGGUGGAUAGGGAGAAGGAGAGCGAUAGGGAGAAGGAGAGAGAGAGAGGGGUGGAUAGGGAGAAGGAGAGAGAGAGAGGGGUGGAUAGGGAGAAGGAGAGAGAGAGAGGGGUGGAUAGGGAGAAGGAGAGAGAGAGAGGGGUCGAUAGGGAGAAGGAGAGAGAGAGAGGGGUGGAUAGGGCAAAGGAGAGAGGGAGGGAGAACCCUAAAGUCAGACCUCCUCCCUCGGUCCCUUCCUCCAGACCCCCUCCCUCGGUCCCUUCUUCCAGAUCUCCUCCCUCGGUCCCUUCUUCCAGACCUCCUCCCUCGGUCCCUUCUUCCAGAUCUCCUCCCUUGGUCCCUUCUUCCAGAUCUCCUCCCUCGGUCCCUUCCUCCAGACCCCCUCCCUCGGUCCCUUCUUCCAGAUCCCCUCCUGACCUGGUCAGAGAGACAGAUGAGGCCUUCGAACCUGACUACAGCGAGGGAGAGAUCUCAGAGGGGGAGGAGGGAGAGAGAGCGGUGGAGGGAGAGAGAGCGCUGGAGGGAGAGAGAGCGCUGGAGGGAGAGAGAGCGCUGGAGGGAGAGAGAGCGCUGGAGGGAGAGAGAGCGCUGGAGGGAGAGAGAGCGCUGGAGGGAGAGAGAGCGCUGGAGGGAGAGGGCAGCGGCAGAAGUCGUAGCAGCAGCGCCAGCUCUGUCGGUAGCCUGGGCAACAAGAAAGACAAGAAGAAGAAAGAUAGAAAAGAGAAGAAGAAACAGAAGAAGAAGAAGAAGAAGAAGGAUAGAAAGCAGAAGAGACAGGGGAGCCUGGACGCUGAGGAGGGAGAGAUCACGGGACUGAAACACAAACACAAGAAGAAGAACAAGGAGAAAGAGGACAAUGAGAGAGAAGAAGAAGAGGAGGAGGAGGAGAGAAGAGGAGAAGACCAAAUGGCUAGCGUAGCUUUAUGAGACGUUUUCGUUGUGAAGCGUUUUUCGACAUGUUUCAGCCCAAGGCUCGUGGCCCCUAAACCCUUAUUCCCUAACUAGUGCACGACUUAAGGACAAGCCUAGUGUACUAAGAAGGGAAUUCGGGUGCCAUUUUGUCGGAGGAAAAAGAGACUUGGUUUUUCUUCCCUCCUGUCAAUGAACUGUAAGGUCCUCAGAGAGGAUAUAUCACACAGCCUGUAUUCCAAACACCUAUUCCCUAUAUAGGGCCCAACUAUAGACCAGAUCCCUAUUCCCUACUAUAGAC